AUGGUGCGCGUGCCCGGAUCUUCUGGUGGCUCGGGAUUUCACCGUGAGUCGCAAGAAGAAGUUCGAGUGAAGAAGGAACAAGGGGAUCAAGCGUCUUCGGAAUCGGGAUCGACGACGACGCUGCUGAAUGAAACAAGAUCCACGGAUCGGCAGAGUGCAAGGAGGAUCUCUGUCGGCGGAACCGAGGUGGAUCCAGACAUGGAUCCAGAAGAGAAACCUCAACCUCCUCCGCAGGUUCCUUCGGGGACCCCGGUGGAUCGCGACGAAAUGGAUCCAAUUAUGCAGAAGUUCGGUGUGAAGCAGAUCGGAGCCCUGCAGGAACACCUGACACUUCCGGUAGCCGUUAAGCGUCCAAGAACCUUGCCCGAGAUGGAGCGCCUGAUGCAGCUGCUGAGGGAUGCCGGUCUCGUGGCUGGAGCGUUCGACGCGUCAGUGAUGUACGAGAUCGAUCCAAUCCAACUCCGUGCCACGACGAAGAUGCUGUUCAACCGACUGAAGGUGCUGGUAGGCGAGAUCCAGCCGAAGCCGGAUCCCGCAAUCCCGGAUCCAAGAUCACUACAAGAAGGAUCCACAGGAUGCCGGACGUCGUCACCUUAUGUGUCGGCUGCAGAGCUUGGGUCGGACACGUCUUCGGAGCCGCGACGCAUGUCACUUGGACCAUCGGGAGCCUCGAUGCUACGCGCCCGAGCCCAGAUCCAACGUGAAGCGAGUCCUCAGUCCCGAUCCCAGCCUCGACCCAAGAAGCAGUCAGCUCCAUUAGUGGAUCCAACAGCGACGGCAUCAGGAUCCGACAUAUCGACUAGUAGGUUGGAGUCGUUCUUCCAGGCAGCUAUGAACAGGUUCUUGAAGGAGCAGGGAGCUUUGACCCCAGCCAUGACACCGGGGGCGGUUCAGAAUCACGGAUCCCAAGAUGUCGAGAUGGAGUCCACUGGAUCGUCGGAUCCGGAUCCACACUGGGAGUUCGACCCUGACGACAUUGACUUCCCGGCCCCAGCACGCGCUACAGUAGCCACCACCGCGACCGGAUCCACAGGUUCAGCCUUGAUCCAACGAGUCCGGAUCUCGGCGGUCUCGGAUCUGAAGGAGUUCUCUGACAAGGACCAAGACGAGGAUCGAGCGAGAGCUUGGGUCAGUAAGGUGAAGUCUGCGUUCCUCCGCGAUCAAGCACCUGACGAAGAGAAGUGCUUGACCUUUGCGGAUCUGCUGUCUGGAUCGGCGCGGAACUGGUACCGCCAACUACCUCGAUCCACACGCAAUAAGUGGCCGGAUCUCCUUCGCAGCUUUCAGACCCAAUACUGUGGACUGGGGAUCUCCGUCGCCCGCCAGUAUUAUCAUGCUCGCAAGCGAUCGGACGAGUCUCCGCUGAAUUAUCUCUACCGACUUAACGUCGCCGGACUCCGCGAUCGACUCAAGAUCAAAGACGGUGGAUCCAAGAAGAGGCGCGAGCAUGUGGACCAUUCCAUUGAGACUCUGGGCGAUCAGGAUCUGGCGGAUCGGCUGACAUUGCUCCGACUGCCGGAUGCUGACGAGUUGGAAGAAGUCCUGCGUGCCUUGGAUCGGGCGAGGAACCGACAGAAGAAGUCCGCGUAUGGAUCCAGCAAGUACCGACAAAAAGCACCAGCGACGCCUGCGCCGGCCGCUCCAGCCAAACAUGUGCGUGCGAUCCAAAUCGAACCUGAUUCGGGAUCCGAGUCUGAAUCCAGCGAUGGAUCGGACUCCGAGUGCGACGAAUACCGCAGGAUCUAUUUGUCUGCCUCCUACGACCAUGCGAAACCAACCGGCAGCAGCAAGAUCCAACCUCCCGCGAUCAGAGAUCCAAGAUCCACGCUGACGGAUCCGAGCGAAGCCGCUAAGUGCGGCAAGAAGGGUCAUCCAGGUGACCAUUGCCUCUUCGUGUGCCGUGGGUGUGGUGAUCUCCAUGACGUGGGCCGGUGCCCGAUGGAAGAGUUUUACAACCAGAUCCAGUCCUCGUAUCUCCUACCUGGAGAAUCUCGAGGGUACUGGAAGCAACAUUCGCCAGGCAAGUGGUUCCGUCAGGCCAAGAUCCACGACAAGAUCAACAAUGAUAAGGCUAUCUUACUCCUAGAUACCGGUGCCGAGUUGUCCAUCGUGGACACCGCCUUUGCUCGUAAGGUUGGGUGCUACAUCGACAGGAGUCAGAGCCAAGAAUGCGUUGGGAUCAGAGACAACGUGUAUACGACGGAAGGGAGAGCGCGGAUCAAGAUCACCUUGGGUGGAUACCUGGUGUAUUUCUUCGACAUUUGGGUAGGAGAUCUGUCUGGCCAAGAAACGAUCCUCGGUAUGGACUACAUGGUCCCAGCCGGGAUCCGACUGGAUCUAGCUGAUGGGACUCUCUGCCUGCCUGACGAAGUCCGGAUUCAGCUCAGCGGACGCCGUUCACUCUGCAGUGACAAAGCGCAGUCGGUAAAGUUGGAUCGCUAUCUCCAGCUUGGGAUCGGAGAGUCCGCAGAGUUGCCCAUGCGCCUGCGAGGAUCGGAACACGACAAGCUGUGGGGCCCAGACAAAGUGCAGUACCUUCAGAUCACGAAUAUCGGAGAGAAAGAACUGGUGUUGCGCCAGAACCACCAAGUAGGGAUAUGGCUGGCCGGAGAUCGAGUCCCGCGGAUCGAAGGCUACGUGUCCGUCGGAUCCCGCCGCUACAUGGAGUGGCGGAACCUCGCGCUGCAGGCCACGACGAACGCUGGAUCCGCGGAGGCGGGACCGCCCGAGACCCCGGAGGGACCGAUGGUGGAGCGUCCUGAGUACCCGACGCCGCAUGCAAUACUGUGGAGGCAGGAUCCAGCUCAAGUCAGACAGGAGGAACCAAGAUCCAAGAGCGCCGGGGGUGGACGGGGCAAGUCGCUGCCGGAUCCGCCCGGUCAGGCGAUCGACGAAAACAUCGCCGGGGCGGCGGAGGUGUUGCAGCUCCAAGCUUCAAUCAAGGCGCGUACACGAGAUCAGCGACCGGAGGAGACGAGCGGACAAGUACCCGGAGGAGAUCCGCAGGCCGAAGAUUCGCCGGAUCAAGAUCCAAGUGACGAGGAGUCCCUGGGAGUCGAGGUGCAGAUCCAGAGCCCAUCACCCCAGGUCAGAUCCACGGAUCUUGGAUGUGGACGGGACGAGCCGACGAUCGGACCUCCGUCGAGGCCAUAUCCCACGGUGACGCAGGACAAUGGGUCGAUUCGACAGGAGCAACCGCACACAGCUACUGCCUGGAUGGGGGAAGCCCAAGAUCCAGUGUCAGUCAUUUGGUCCAAACCGGAUCCAGGCGGAGUUCCUGCUGAGCGCCAGCCGGAUCCAGAUCCAACUGCCGAUCGAAGUGUCGAUGACGCGCUGAGACCCGCCGAUGGAUCAACGAGCCAAGAUCCAACUGAUGACACGCAAGGUCGCAAGGGGGCGUUGAGUCCAGAUGAUGUGAGACGGUCGGUCGAUCCCGUUGUCACAUCGGGUGGUAAUCACGGAGAGACAGGGGGCGGAUCUGCAGAUUCAACAGAUGGUGAUAUGGGACAGGCCAUGGAUCCAGUGGAGCUUCAAGUUUCAGAUGGUGAGAUGGGACGAGGCGCAGAUCCAGAUGGAGAGACGGCGCAGGAAUCAGGUCCGACGCCAGAUCCAACUGUCGAUGCAGAUCCAACGACUACCAUAGAUCCAAGUCGCGGUGACGCUGAUGCAGAUGAGCAAGUCUGCUACCACGUGAGUGGGGAUCUGCACGCGGAAGAUGUUGAAGCGGAGAUGGCGGUGCUACCGGAAGUCACUGCGAACACAGACGAGGUGACUAUUGAAGACAUCCAGGUGGGAGAUUCAGAGGUUAAUACGGCGGAAGAAAUCGAUCUACUCCGGCGGCGGAUCUGGAGGCGCCGGCACCUGCUGAUUGGUAAAGGCAACGCACUGCCGCCCGCGGCACGAGGAGUUGUGUGUGACAUCGAUGUGGGUGAUGCAAAACCCAUUGCUCAGCGGGUGCGCAAGGUAGCCCCGCAGUACCAUGAGAAACUGUCGGAUCUAAUCAAGGGGUUGCUCGGAGCCAAGAUCAUUAAGGAUUAG